AUCUCGCAAUUUCGCAUAUAUGCGACCUACUGCUCUUUUGUUGCUUUUGGGAGAUUGCGAGAUCUCCAGACUACGUUCAUAUACACAAUGACUGGAAAACUCCUUCAUUCUCAGUGAACCACUCUCCUCGAUGGCUAACAGUCCCCAGGGGCCAAAUCCCUGGAAUUCUUUUGAUCCAAUUGCCCACCCUUCAGCACGAACGCAAUCAUCAUCGACAUCAUCAACGAUAUCAUCAUCAGAAAUUUUCGAAUCAUCAACGACACUAUCAUCAAUACCAACAGACAUAAUACAGCCAACCACCGCUUCUGACCUAGCGCCCACGAUUUCUAGCACGUCGUCUGAAACUACGCCGACGUCUUUAGGAUUAACGCCGACGUCAUCAAGAUCAAUAUCAACAUCUCCAUCUCCUGUGUCAAGUUCUGUGCCAACGUCCUCGAAUUUUGACCUAACACCGACCUCGUCCAACCCAUCACUUCCUACCAAUAAUCCGCCGAGCUCUCCCACCAGCCGUACAGCGCUCAUCACUGGCAUAACUUUUGCUCUUGGCUCGCUCCUCCUCGUAAUCGCCGCAUUAACGGUAUACUGCGUGAUAAGAAAACGGCGUCGCCGACUGAAAGCUUCGAGGAAACUGGAAGCAAAGAACGAAGAGCAUGGCCCGGUGGAAUCGCGUUGGCAAGAUAAACCCGAGCUGGACGGGGUUUUAAUUCUCGAGUUGGAAGGAAAGACAAACACUGAACCAAGAAUAAAGUACGCUGAACUGGAUGGGGUAGAGGCUGUUGAACUGGAAGCAGAGUAUCGUGCUGUGGAGUUGGCGAAUGCAGAGAUACCCGUCGAAGCUGAUACCACGACGCACCAGCUCAGCGUGACGAGAGACACUGAACAGGAGGACAUUCCUCCUGACGCUCCUGAACGCACUUCACGGGUUGAUGCCGGGUCGACAGUCCGGCAACAAUCGAGCUUUGGCUGAGAUUGCUGCCUAAUUGAGUGGGCACAGCCACCCGACUCUCCCAUGCCUCCGA